UUUUCUUUUAAGGAACUCAAUGAGAAUCACAAGAACACCCGUAAGAAAAUCACCUCCUUUGCCUUCACCUUUGGCAGAUACUGUAGAGCACCUCAUAAACGAUGAUCAAGAUCAAAUCAAAGUGUAUGCUAAUCAAUUGGACUCUUGGAUCUAUCCUCGAGGUGAUUUAUUUCAGUUUGUCUCUGUUUUGAAUCGCUUUGAUGGUAUCUUGGAGCGUAUUUGUGAAGAUUACCAACUCAAGAGCAUCCAGCGAGUACCUUUUGAUUCAGAAACAAAGCUUUUGCUUUUGGCAAUACUACGCUUUUCAAAAAUGCUUUAUGAAAACUGCACCAAUAGAAAUUUAUAUAACUCUUAUGAACAUCUGAACGCUUUGUUAAAUACCACUGAUAUCGAUAUCUUGGAAGCAGUAUUACGUCUGAUGUUAAAACCAGCUCAACGCGUCAAUAACCCCAAAGCAGUACAAUCCAGCUUUUUGGCUCACCAAGACAAAAUCACAGAACUAGCCAGAGGAGGUUCCAUCAGUGAUUUGAUUUCCCUCGAAAAGGGCAAUGAUGAAAUAAGCAUGUCAUUUUAUAAAGAAGAAGGAUUACAAGUGAUUCAACUUCAUACAACACCAUUUCAAAAGACCGACAGCGAAUUGUUCUGGCAAUUAGUGGAAGAAUAUCAAAUAGCAGAUGACUAUCACUUUGAAUUGUUGAAUCGUAUCAGAAUUGCCAAUCACCCCACACAAGUGUCUGUCAGGAAACAAUUGCUUGUGGUUCGCUUUAUUGCACUUGUGAUCAUGGCACAUACCAUGUCGGAAACCAUUGCACAGAACAGAGUGUUUAUCUAUGAGCCACAUUUAGUGCCUCAGAUUGCACAGCUUGUUUCUUAUGAUCAUAGUGUGCCUGUAGAUAUUCAAACCUAUGCCCUUUAUGCUUUGGAUGGUAUUGCGAGGCAUAGAACAAAAGUAACUGAAGUUUUGUCAGCAUUUAAUGCAUCUGCCAACCAUGGUAUUUUGCUUCAUAUCUUGCGACAAUUAUGUCAACCUGACUCUGUCUAUACUGUGGAUUUUCUUGAUGCCUUAUUUACUUUACUUUCAUUCUUAUUACAGACAACUGCUGGCAGUACAAUGCUCAUGACUGCAGGUAUCAUGUCUACGCUUAUCGAAGUCUUACAUCACCCAACAAACACCAAUAGCAUCUAUAGAAAAGUCCUGAUUAAAGUUGUGGGCUUGUUAGACACCAUCAUGAACAAUGUACAGACCUCAUUUUCUAGUUUUUACAGUGCAAAAGGAUUAGAAGCAUUACUCCAAAUGAUUCAGACACAAGUAGACGCAUCUAUUGCUACAGAAACCAGUCCAGACACAUUGACACUGAUAAAGAAUGCAUUGCGUUUCUUAAUUCGCAUGAUGGAAUCCAGCGAUACAGCCGAUGGCUUACGUAAUCUUGUGGAAUCCAGCAUACCACAUACGAUGAAAAAAGUGAUAGAGCACCACAACAUCUUUGGCCCAAGUGUGUUUUCGCUUGUGGUCCAUGUCAUCACUACAUUUAUUCAUUAUGAGCCUACAUCACUUUCUAUUCUGCAAGAAUUGGGUUUACCUCAAGCAUUUCUGACGACGUUUUUAGCGUAUGAAGAGCCUCAUGUUGAAGUUCUGAUGUGCUCUGUACAUGCAUUUGGUGCUCUCUGUCUUAAUUCAGCAGGUCUUGAGAUGUUUAACCAAUACAACCCUUUACCUCACUUUUUCAAGUUAAUGGCACACCCUAGCUUUGUUUCCAACUCAUUUGAGGUGGGAAGUGUUACUGCUUUAGGAACAGCCAUGGACGAAUUGACCAGACAUCAUCCUAGUCUCAAGAUGGACGUAUUCAAGUGUGCUGACCAAUUAUUGCAGCAAGUGGUUCAAGUGGGUCAUUCAGAAGAUGGCAAGCCAAAAGACAACAGUCAUGUGUUAGUGACAAAAGCCAUGGUAAGCAACACAGUGGACGAAACAGACUGUCUUGUGUUGGGAUUUGUGGAAUUAGUAGCAAGAUUUCUGGAGGGAUUUUUAAGCAAUUCUGAAAAUAUCAAAGAAUUCGUCAAAUACGGUGGUCCUGAAUUACUCUUGUCGUAUUAUGCAUUGCCUAUGCUUCCUUAUGAUUUUUCUAUUGCCAGCGCAUUUGACUCACUAGGUUACGUGUUUCGAAUCAUUACUGAUGUCUCUCCUCUACAUAUCGCUGCCUUGAUUUCUAAAAAAGUUUAUGAAGCUUCAAGAUUUAUAUUUACAGAUUUUGAUAUGAAAAAGAGUGUGAUUGAUGACAUGAUUCAACACGCUGGUACGCCUGAAGGAAACGCAUUGUUUAAAAAACUCAGUAUUCUUUUUGGUUAUGUCGGUAUGCUUUCUACUGUUUUUGCAUCUGCUAUCUUGACAAACGCAAGACAUUCGGUCAAAGUGGUUGAAUGGUGUAUACAAGAGAAAGAAUAUGGUGAUAUGAUGUUGCUAUUAGGUGAUAUCCAUAGAACUAUGGUAUGGCAAAACAUUCUGUUACGAGAUAGUGUUCCAAUGGCCUGGUAUAACAACAAGCCAUCCAAAGAGGAGGAUACUGUAGAUCCAAAAGACCCUCAAGUGAUGAAUGUACGCAGGUUUAAAUUGUUAUUAAGUGAGAUACCUCCUGCAUUGAUGCCUAUCUUCCAAGGUCUCAUCAAAGUCUCUGUCAACCGUCGCCAUGUUCCUUCUGCCAAACUAUCGUUACGUACGCGAGCUCGACUUGUUGCACAAGCGAUUGCCUCUAUCUUUAAGAAAAAUCUUGAAUACAUGGAGCAAGAUGCGCCUAGUUGUAAAUACGACUAUUACGCUUCUAUGUUUAGUAUGAUUUCCAUGCUUAUGCUGGAUGACAGAUCACGUAUGGCAUUAGAGACUCCCAUUGCAUUUGCUUUUGAAGAACAAGGCAAUCUUGAUUUGUUGCUCGAUACAUUUCUACCUCAAUUCUGGAAAGAUGCUGAAGCACAUAGGGUGACUCCUGAUGACUCACUGCUACAGCGUAUCAAUACGUGUACUGAACUCCUGCUUGCCAUCAUCAAUCAUUUGGGUUGCCCUAAACUCUUUCAUAACUCACCUCAUACACAGUUGCUUACACAGUGUGGCACAGACGACGAAGAUGACAAGACACUAAACCCUUAUUAUUGGAUGACCUAUAUGCGACUUCGAUUGUCUUGUUUGUUUGAUUAUUUGUCGAGUCCUUUAUUACAGAAGCAGUCAAGACAUGUCUUGCAUUCCCUCUUACGGUGUAUGACACAAAACCUAAAGCAAGAAGGCGAACGUGCCAUCAAAGACACGCCAAAGCAUUCAGAACAUCAAGCGGAAAAUAGAGAAGCCCUUAUUUCGAUGGGAUAUGGACCUGAUCUUGUGGACCAUGCCCUUCGUAUGUUUCCUUAUGGUCUGUGCGCACUUGAUUAUCUGUUCAGUCGCCACCUUGUCCAACGCACAGCCCAAUCGGGUCCUCCUCAGCUUGAGAUUUCGCCCUUAUUGCAUAUGUCGCAACCGCUGAGUACGGCUGAAUUUGAUGCUGGUAUUCGUAUCUUGGUCAAUUUGUGGUACAGUCCUAAUUUAGCGACGGCCUCUUUGAAUGAACAUGAUGAUGUAACACAAGCUAUUGCCAGUUUAUCAGCCUUGGGGCCUUCUGCUAUUCAACCGCCUUCAACGCUGAAUGAAGUUGCACAGGUACAGACGAAUGACAUUGUGGAUGAUGAUGAUGAUGACGAAUAUGAAGAUAUUGAUACUGAAGAAGAAGAAGAUGUAGAACUCAAUGGUUAUUAUGGUCACUUUUCUUCAAAAGAUGGAUCAAAACAAGCUCAAAAGAUACAUGAAGAACUUGCUCAAAAGCGUAAACGUAUUCGUGAGGAAAUGCCGCAGGUCUUGGCUCAUCUUGUAGACGAACGAAGCGAUAUUGAUCUAGAGAUAAGAGACUUGAUGGCUGUUUCUUGUUGUGGUGAUCCUGAUCAUCUCUCUGAAAACACAUCGCAAACAAUUCGACUCUUCUUUGGUGAUACGUUGAAGGAACCUAAUGACAAACGAGCCGUGUUUGAAUCGUCUAUCAAUAAGAUUCGCAUCUUUGCGCUCAUGUUGCGUGAGCCUGCUAUGCAAGAUGUAUUGUCAUUGUUGAUCACGAUUAUGGCAGACUAUAUGGACUGGUUUGAAUUCUUGGCGUUGAUUGUGAAUCAUCCCAAGUUUCCUGAUCCCAAGUGGUUAACCACCCUGUUUCUUAUUCUUGAAGUUGGCUUGGCUCAGGCUGAUGAACCAAAAGAUGAUCAAGAUCAAACGACUGCACCAUCUAUCGUCACGCCCGAUAACCGCACAACGUUGUUAAAAUACUGCAUUGAUUUGCUCAAGUUGGAUACACUCCCUCAAGACAAUCUGAUUGCUACUUUGCGCAUCAUUGUCCGAUUAACCAAACAUCAUGAAGCUGCCUUACAGUUUGUUGAACUGGGCGGUCUCCUUCCACUGUUUAAACGUCCUCGUACAAGUUUUGAAUCUUUCAAAGUUCAGCAAUCAUACAUCAUCAUGAUUCUAAGACACGUGAUUGAAAGCAAGUCUGUGUUAAAGAACUGUAUGCGUGAAUGGUUUGAUUUCUGGGUUACUGUUCCCAAUGCUCGCUUCUUGGAUGUCACUACGUUUAUUAGCAACAACAAUAGCUUGGCUUUACGUGAUGCCAAUGUGUUUUUGGAUGUGAGUAGCCAACUGUACGAUGUAUGUGAUCCAAAGAAUGUGUCUAUCAAAGAUCCUAAGCGUCUCUGUUAUAUUACCAUGUCUUCCAGCCCUGAUAUUGUGCAGGAUGUAGACAGUGCUGAAUCUACUCCUUGCUCUUCCACUGUGAUCCAUUUCUUGUUAAACGAAUUAGUUCAGACACAAGCGAAUGAGGAAGAAUCCGAUAUCAAAAUGGCUUAUACAGGACUCUUGCUUCAAUGCUUAUUUGAGCUUGUCUCCUCCUAUCCCUCAUGCAAGCUUGACAUGAUAAAUUUCAAUACACCCGAUACAACCCAUAACCACCAUCGUAUACGCCAAUCGAUUGUCUACAAACUUGUCAAUCAGCUCUUGCCUUACAAUGCUAUUCAUGCAUCUACAGACCAAGAACGUAAAAAGCAAGGUGUUUCCAUGUGGGUAGCUUCUUUGCUGGUUGGCCUGUGUUACAGCGCAACACGAAGUGAUCAACAUGCCACCGUGUUAAGCCAUAUUCGUAAACAUGUCCUUGAUGUGGUUGCCUGCUCUUUUAAAGACGCUCUACAAUCCACGGCCUCCAUGAGUACCAAAUACAAUCGCUAUUUUGCACUGACUGAGCUCUGUCAUCGCCUGUUGAAUGCUCGCCCUAGUUCUAUUCAUCCCAAUGUGAAUGUCAAGGAAAACACAAUGAUUGCUAUGGCACAUUCCAUGUUAGAGAAAGGGUUUGUGGCCCUGUUGAUAUCUGUCAUUAACGAUGUUGAUGUGAAUUACCCUCAUGCCAAACUGAUUCUCAAUUCCAUGUUGAGGCCUUUGGAACAGUUGACUAAACUGGCUAUGAAGAGUGAUGUAUUCAAAAUAGAAAAAAGUACAUUGGAUGAUGCUUCAGAAGCCGUGGCUGGAGCACAACGUAUCCUUAAUCCACCUGAGGAAGACGAGGACGAUGUCUAUAUUCCAAUGGAUACAGAUGAUGAUAAUGAAGCUGAAGAAGAGGAAAUGAAUGAUUUGUAUAGAAAUUCUUCUUUGGCCAUGUUUGAUGGCACUGCCUUGGAAGAAUCCAGCGAAGAAGAAUCAGAUGAAGAAGAUAUAGAAAUGGCAAGUUCUGGUGAAGAGAUUGUGGAAGAUUCUUCUGAUAGUCAAAUGGAAUAUGAAACUGUGAGUGAAGAAGAAGAGGAAGAAGAAGGAGGAGAAAGUGAAGAUCAAGAAAUGGAAGAUUUAAUGAGAAGCCAUCGAUAUCAUCACUCAGAUACUGAAGACGAUGAAGAGACCGAUUCAAGUGAAGGUGAUUCAGAGACAGACUCUGAUAGUGAGUCAGAAGGAUCCUAUUCCUCUAGCGAAUACGAGUCUUCCAAUGAAUCUUUAAACAGUGAUCGUAGUGACUCUAUUCACUCAGAAGCAAGUCGAGAUAUUGGCUGGCAUUUAGAUGAAGAUCAACGUGCAGAAGGCCGCCAUCGUCGUCGUACAGAGAGAAUCACAAUUGAACAAGUGGAUACGGAUCAUGAUGAGAUGGAUAUUGACUUUUCUGAUUUGGAAGACCAAGAUUCUGAUGAACUUAAUCAAGAAGAACUAGAAGACGUUGAGAGAAACCUUGAACUGUUCCAUAACCAAAGAGAGGGCAACCAACUGAUGAAUUCUGCUAUGCGAGGAUCUCUCAAUAACAAUACAAAUCGCUCCUUUGAUAGAGAUAACAUUAUUUUGCACCCACUUUUGCGCAAUACAGCUACAUCAAACGUAGAUAUCAUUGCUACAACAAACCCUUCUUCUAUCACUCCUGAAACUGCUUUAUUGUCAGGUGCUAACAGUCAUCAUUUACAAGCUUAUGAAGACAUUAUUGGUGGUAGUGCUGUUCGUAUCUUGGAAGACUUACUUUCUCAACAACGAAAUCAACAACAAAAACAAGAUGAAUUACAACAACAAGGAUCAGAUAAGGAUAACAAAGAGACAUUAAGCAUCCUUAAAGAUUUUCAACCGUUGCAAACAACCGACCGAUGGUCUCAGGAAGUUCAAAUGGUUUAUAUUUCCUCUGUCGCUUCUGUAAAAGCAGCCAAGUUAAAAAAUGCAUUGAUUGAUCUAUUGACAAAGAAAGCCUUACAAGAAGAACCCAAAGAAGAAGAGCCUAAAGAAGAAGAACCCAAAGAAGAACCCAAAGAAGAACCCAAAGAAGAACCCAAAGAAGAACCCAAAGAAGAACCCAAAGAAGAAGAACCUAGACAAGAGGAGGUUAUCAUAACUGAUCAAACUCCAACUGAAGACCGUGUUACUGUCAUGAUCAAUGGCGAGCAAGUAGAUAUUACGGGCACUGGUAUUGAUGUUGAAUUUCUAGAAGCCUUACCUGAUGACCUUCGUGCAGAAGUGUAUAGCCAACAAAUGGCAGAACGUCGUGCCUCUGUUCAAAGUAUGGAAGAAGAAGAAAUCAGCCCUGAAUUUUUAGACGCUUUACCUAGCGAUAUUCGUCAAGAAGUAUUGGAGAGCGCUAGCCGUUAUCGCCGUCACCAGUCACCACCAGCAACAAGCCAAAGAACGCUGUUCGACAUCACUGCUAACUUGAAUGAUCAAGAAGGUGUGCAGGUACAUCCUAAUUUAGGUAUGGCCACAUUGAGUUUGGCAGGAGGACCAAAUCCUUUACAGAACAAUAAUACCACCUGGCGCAUUGGAGGCGGUGUUACAAGAAACACCAAUGGUCAAAGAAACGAAUUUACUACUACUACUGCUGCUGCUGCUGCUGCUGCUGCUUCUAAACCAAAGCAAACAGAACGAAAAGCCGUCAUUCAUCGUAAUGCUCCUCAUCUUCUCGACCGAACUCAACUUGCCUCUUUAACUCGUUUGUUAUUUGUGCCUCAAUCGAUCUCAAAGACCCUUUUAAAUCGCUUAUUGCUUAAUUUGUGCGAGAAUGGCAAAACACGAAAUGACUUAUUGGCGCUUUUAAUAUGUAUUUUGCAGGAUGGUAGUACAGACCUGGCUGCUGUUGAUCGUAUUCUUAUGCAAAAGAGCAGCAGCCGUCGUACAGAAGAAAACAAAAACAUUACUGUGACUGAAAGUGUGCCUAAUCUUAUUACUCAACGAUGUUUGGAAAUUUUAUACUAUGUUAUCACUUGGAAUGAUAGAUCUUUGGCUUACUUUUUGACUGAAGACGAUCACUGGAGCCCUAUGAAGCGCCGCCACUCAACAGGUGGAAAUAGCAAAUCUUCCAAAACAAAAGCUACGCUCCCGAUCUUGGUCUUGAUUGGGUUAUUAGACCAACCUGUCUUUUUAGAUAAUACGACACUGAUGGAACAGCUUAUGAACUUAUUGGCCGCUAUAUGUCGUCCUAUUUCUAGCAUUGUCAAAAAAUACAAGGAAAAGAAAGACAAUACAGACGAGAAGAAACAUCAUCAUGCUCCUAAACCUCCAUGCAUUCCAGAAGAAUAUCUCGAAAAAGUAGUUCAUGUCUUGUCUAUUGGUGAAUGCUCUAGUCAUACAUUCCAAUACACACUUAGUGUACUUUCUCAUUUAUCUCAUUUGGAUGGUGCACUUGAUAUCAUUAUUGAGCGCCUGCAACGUAUAGCGAGUACAUCGGGUAAGCAAAUCAUUACUGAUUUGGAUCAACUACAAUCUAUUUUGAGCCAUUUGAAAGCGGGUGCUGAACUAGAGGGUUCUGCAUUGACUCAAUUCUCUGCAACGACAUCACAUCAAGCUAAAUUAUUGCGUGUCUUGAAAGCCAUGGACUACCUGUACACUCGUAAAAGAAAUAAUGCUCAAAAGGCAGAGGAAAACGAAAAAGCUGUUGUUGAAUUGUAUGCCAAACUUGACUUUUCACUCUUAUGGAAGAAAUUGGGUGUAUGCAUGACAUUGAUACAAGACCGAGAAGAUUUGGUAAAUGUGGCUUCUGUCUUUUUGCCUUUGGUAGAAUCGUUUAUGGCCGUCUCAAAGUACUCCGCUCUCAAGGGUCAUCAUCAUCCUAAGGCACCUGAGCCUGGUUCAGCUGAAGAUUUCUUUUAUACAUUUACAGAAGAACACAAAAAAAUUUUAAACAUCAUGGUGCGCAACAAUCCAUCUUUGAUGAGCGGCUCAUUUUCACUUUUGGUCUAUAAUCCCAAGAUUUUAGAAUUUGAUAAUAAGCGCAAGUAUUUCAAUCAACAACUACAUAAGCGCACAGAACCCCGUGAACAUUAUCCUCCUUUACGUUUCAGUGUGCGUCGUGCUCAUGUCUUUGAAGAUACGUAUCAAAAACUUCAAGGCCUUACUGGCAACGAGAUCAAAUACGGUAAACUCAAUGUUGAAUUUGAAGAUGAGGAAGGUGUGGACGCUGGUGGUGUUGCCCGAGAAUGGUUUUCUGUGCUUGCUCGACAAAUGUUUGAUCCUAACUAUGCGCUUUUUAUUACCUCGGCUGCAGAUAAGCUUACUUAUCAACCAAACCGUGCUUCUGGUGUAAACCCAGAGCAUCUCAAUUACUUCAAAUUUGUGGGUCGUAUCAUUGGCAAGGCCAUUCAUGAUGGCCGAUUGUUGGAUGCGUACUUUACACGUUCUUUCUACAAGUUGAUGUUAGGGCGUUCAGUGGACUAUCGUGAUGUGGAGGCUGUCGAUCCUGCUUACUACAAGAGUUUGGUUUGGAUAUUAGAGAAUGAUAUCACAGACAUCAUUGACUUGACAUUCAGUGUUGAAACAGACGAUUUUGGUACCAACAAAAUCAUUGAUCUCAGGCCAAAUGGAAGAGAUAUUCCAGUCACUGAAGCUAACAAACAUGAAUAUGUAUCACUGAUUACUGAACACAAACUAGUCUUGGCCAUCAAGGAUCAAGUCAAUGCGUUCUUAGAAGGCUUUCAUGACAUUAUUCCAUCUCACUUGAUACAGAUUUUUAAUGAGCAAGAGUUGGAAUUGUUGAUUUCUGGAUUACCAGAUAUUGAUAUUGACGAAUGGAAAGCAAAUACUGUCUAUGAAGGUUACAGCAUUAAUUCACCUCAAAUUCAAUGGUUUUGGCGUGCCGUACGUUCUUUUGAUCAAGAAGAAAGAGCUAAACUCUUGCAAUUUUCGACUGGUACCUCAAAGGUUCCUUUAGAAGGCUUUGCUCAGUUGCAAGGUUCAAAUGGUGUGCAAAAGUUCCAAAUUCACAAAGAAUUUGGCGAUGUUCAUCGACUUCCUUCAGCUCAUACUUGCUUUAACCAAAUUGACUUGCCCGCUUAUCAGUCUUAUGAAGACCUUCGUUCCAGCUUAUUUAAAGCUAUCAGUGAAUGUUCCACAGGAUUUGCUUUCCAAUAAAAUGUAAAGUUUUACGAUUCAAAAUAGUGAGUUGUGUUAAGAUUGUUUGAAUGCAUUAAAGUGAGGUCCAUUCUAUAAGAAACAGAAGAAGACUUAUGACUCAUUUCAAUGGAAAUUUUACUACUAUGCUACG